AUGCCGUUUUGGUCCAACCAAAAAAAAAAAAAAAAACCCGUCAGCUCACCCCUCCCCCUUCAAUCUCUCACAAACGCCCAAAGCCUCGAAUUUGACCAUCCUAACCCUAACAAAGCAAAAUCAACAAAGCUUUUCAGCCACCACCAGCCCCCACCACUAUCGGCGGUGACAACCAGCGAUUGCCAUCCUCGCUUCUCGAAGGUAUUCUCUCCUCCUCGCGUCGUCAAGCCGGAGGGUGCCGUCAAUCCCGGACCUAUCCUCGUCGUCAUCGGCAGAAGGUCGUCAAGCCCGGACCUGUCCUCGUCGUCGUCGAGCCCGAGGUCCCGUCGUUGCCGCCGAACGUUUUUGUUGCUCGACGUCGCAAACGUCUACUCAGCCCUGUUCUCCUCGCCGUCGCAAACGUGCUUGUUCUCUUCGCCGUCGUUCCAGUGCCUCCAGAAUUUUCCUUCCUCCAACAACAAGUUCACCUACAACUGCGACAACCACACCUUCAACUUCCUCGUCGAUUAUGGCUUCAUUUACUGUGUUGUUGCGGAUGAAUCUGCUGGAAGGCAGGUUCCUAUUGCGUUUCUGGAGCGAGUGAAGGAUGAUUUUGUUUCCAAAUAUGGUGCCUCCCAUAAGGCCGGUACUAAUGCUGCCGCCAACAGCCUUAACAAGGAGUUUGGGCUGAAAUUGAAGGAGCAUAUGCAGUACUGCAUCGAUCACCCUGAGGAGAUAAGCAAGCUUGCCAAGGUUCAGAAUCAGGUCUCUGAAGUUAAGGGUGUCAUGAUCGAGAAUAUUGAAAAGGUACAUACAGAUGCCUUGCAAGUUGCGAUUUAUCGGCACUGCCCACGCUGGUGUGUUAAUUGGCUUAUGGCGAUAUAGUUGUUACUGCUGAAAUCGAAGAGAUCAAAUUGGUGGAUUAUAGAUGUUGUGUUUCUACAAAGCAUAGAUGCUGUUUAAAAUUUCAAAAAUAAAAAAGACAUGUCAUAACACAGAGUGGAUCAUUAGAAAAUUAACAUAAUACUUAAUCAUCAUAAAUGAGGCUGUUAUAUUAGUUUAGUCAGCAACUUUUUCAAACUUCUCAAACUCAUGCCGUUAUAGGGUUGAUAUUUUAACUAGCUUUGAUUAAGCAUGUCAGAUUUGGAUCCGAGUUAUUAUCAGUUAUAUAUUCUUGUUCUUUUUGGAUUCCAAGUCACUAAAAACGUGAGAAUUUUCUUUCAAUUAGAUGUGCAGUUUUCUUUUCCCCAUAGUAUCUGUUGAUCUAGUUUUGAAACUUUAAUUAAAAUAAAACAGGAAACUUUAGUUGUGCAUGUAGCUUAGCCAAUUAAUUUAGUAAAAAGGAAGCCUUUGGAUGAACAGGGCCAGGGGGAGUAAGGAAAAUUUGGUAUAUUUAAUUUUAUAUAUUGAAUUUUUAUAUAAUUUUAGUGUAUAUUUAAUUAAAUCAGUUUAACUAAGGUUCAACUCCAGUUGGACUAUUGAACUAUUGAAUUGGUCACUUGACUGGUUCAAUAACCGGUUCGAUUCUCACAACUUUGAUUAUUAGAAACUCGUGCUGUCAUAACAAAUAAUAUAGCAUAUUUAAAAAUGAUUAUGCAUUGCAUUAUAACGGUGCUAUAUAUAAAUUGAUAAUAGUAAUACCUCUUUAUUUCAAAAGAAAUACUAUUCCAAUUUCCAAACACAUUACAUUACACACAUAGGGGUAAAAGAGAAGGAUGAUAUAAUUUAGGGUUUACACUUCUUGUGUGCAAGUAAUACUAGUUCCUCGUGUGUUCUGAUCUACAAUUUAAGCA